AUGCGAUUAAAAAUAGUCGCCGCGGAGCAGGUAGUGCGUUACGCGUUGCGUGCCGGGAGCGCAUGCGUCAAGGUUCUGGCUCGUGACGUCAUCCGGGUUGACAGGGUUCAGCUGUACCACUGCACCGGUGGGAAACCGUACCACACUGAACGAUCAGCUCAGUGUGCCGCUGCGCGCGAAACGUUGAGUUAUGAAUUUUUCGAUAAUAAUCAUAACAUAAUAGUGCAAUAUUGUGCAUCGUUAUCGAUAGAUUUGUUGACACAUUUUUGUACUCCCGACUUCAGUGAUAUCAGUGAAAAGCCGGACAAAAUGGAUCUGGAGUUUCGAAAUUUGACAUACACAGUGCACAGCCGCAUCUUGAAAGGUACAAGCCGACAAGUUGUGAAGGGCGUAAAUGGCCGAUUCAGGUCCGGACAAUUGGUCGCCAUCAUGGGACCUUCUGGUGCUGGCAAGAGUUCACUGCUUAACGCCAUAUCUGGAUACAGGUCCGCUGGUGUUACUGGUGAGCUCCUAGUGAACGGAGAAACACGGGACGAGCAUUCAUUUCAAAGGUCUUCGUGCUACAUCACUCAAGAAGAUUUGCUUCAGCCUUUACUGACAGUGCGGGAGGCGAUGGACGUCGCCGCGAGCUUGAAGCUGCCGAGAGGAGUGAAAGCACCUUCUGAGGAGAUUUUGCAAGAGCUAGGCCUGUUGGAUCACCAGCACACGAGGACCGAUCAGUUGUCUGGUGGACAGAAGAAGAGGUUAUCGAUAGCCCUGGAACUGGUGAACAACCCGCCUGUGUUCUUUCUGGACGAGCCAACCAGUGGUCUGGACAAUGUCACGACGGUGCAGUGCGUUAAGCUAUUGAAGCUGCUAGCGAGACAAGGAAGAACUGUUGUGUGUACAAUUCACCAGCCAGCUGCUUCGCUUUUCGAGUUGUUUGAUCAGGCGUACAUAAUAGCUGACGGAUUGUGCAUUUACCAGGGCGAUACAGAAGCGAUGGUGCCUCAUCUCACUAGCCUGGGACUUGUGUGUCCUAGACAUCACAAUCCAGCUGAUUUUAUUAUCGAGUUAACGGAAACCCAGGAAUACAUUCAGAUGCUGUCGCAAGAAAUACUUAACGGUACAUUAUAUAAGUCAACUAAAAUCGAUGCAAGCUCAGAGCCACCAGCUAGUACCAUGCAAUUGAAGAUCUGUUAUCAGACAGAUGACAAUGUGGCUGAAACCGAAAUAGUGCUAUCAACAGACAAAUGCACAUACAUGAAAGAAUAUACCGCGGCGUCAUCUACCACACUCGCAAGUAAAAUGUCUAAGGAUUCUUCAGUGGCGUGGAUGAAGAUGCAAAAAGUGGAAACGCGAGGUUACCCCACGACGUAUUUCCAACAGUUCGCUGUUCUGCUGACUAGGAUGUUGCUGCAAAUAUCGAGGAAUCGGCAAGCCUUAUGGAUUCAAACAAUCCAUCACAUAGGAUGUGCAAUUCUCGUCGGAGUAUGCUUCUUCAACAUGGCCAAUGAUGGAACGCAAAUGUUCAACCAUUUGAAGAUGUGCGUCGGGCUCAUCAUUUUCUUCGCUUACACGCAAAUCAUGGUUCCAGUACUAGUAUAUCCUCAAGAAGUAAAACUAGUGAAGAAGGAACACUUCAACCGUUGGUACAAUCUAAUACCAUAUUACGGAGCUUUAACUGUUUCCAAAUUACCAGUUCAAGUCUCUUUGAACAUCAUCUUCUGUUCAAUAGUCUACUUCAUGGUUGGAGUGCCGUAUGCGCAUGACCGUUUCUUGACAUUCUGCCUUAUCGGAAACGUGGUUUCUCUUGUCUCUGAGGGCGUUGGCAUGGCCAUAGGAUCGGUCUUCAGCGUUAGGAACGGUUGUGCAAUCGGCCCAGCAGCGAUAGCACCGUUCCUCGGCCUGGCGAUCUACGGCUUCGACUUCGCCCACAAAAUCCCCCUCAUGAUGAACAUCGUCAUGAAGACGUCCUUCAUCCGGUGCGGAGUGGUCGCCAUGGUCCUCACCAUAUUUGGGUUCGGUCGGGAACCUUUGGAAUGCAAUGACGUGUACUGCCACUUCGCGAAACCUAACGUCCUCUUACAAUACUUGGACAUCGAAAGGAGUUCAGUCUGGUUCGAGAUAUUUAUCAUGAUAUUCAUCAUGGUUUCUGUCAGAUUCCUUUGCUUCAUGGGCUUAAGAUGGCGCUUCGCGACAUGA